AUGGCGGCGCAGAGGAGGAGCCUGCUGCAGAGUGAGCAGCAGCCAAGCUGGACGGACGACCUGCCACUCUGCCACCUCUCUGGGGUUGGCUCAGCUCCCAACCGCAGCUACUCUGCUGAUGGCAAGGGCACCGAGAGCCAUCCACCAGAGGACAACUGGCUCAAGUUCAGGAGUGAGAACAACUGCUUCCUGUAUGGGGUAUUCAAUGGCUACGAUGGCAACCGGGUGACCAACUUCGUGGCCCAGCGGCUGUCUGCGGAGCUCCUGCUGGGCCAGCUUAAUGCCGAGCACACUGAGGCCGAUGUGCGGCGUGUGCUCCUGCAGGCCUUCGAUGUGGUGGAGAGGAGCUUCCUGGAGUCCAUUGAUGAUGCCUUGGCUGAGAAGGCAAGCCUCCAGUCCCAGCUGCCAGAGGGUGUCCCUCAGCACCAGUUGCCUUCUCAAUAUCAGAAGAUCCUUGAGAGACUCAAGGCAUUGGAGAGGGAGAUUUCAGGAGGAGCCAUGGCUGUCGUGGCAGUCCUUCUCAACAACAAGCUUUACGUCGCCAAUGUUGGUACGAACCGUGCGCUUUUAUGCAAGUCUACGGUGGAUGGGUUGCAGGUGACACAGCUGAACAUGGACCACACCACGGAGAACGAGGAUGAGCUUUUCCGCCUGUCGCAGCUGGGCUUGGACGCAGGAAAGAUCAAGCAAGUGGGGAUCAUCUGUGGGCAGGAAAGCACCAGGCGCAUUGGGGACUACAAGGUCAAGUACGGCUACACUGACAUUGACCUACUCAGUGCUGCCAAGUCCAAACCAAUCAUUGCAGAGCCAGAAAUCCAUGGUGCACAGCCACUGGAUGGAGUGACCGGCUUCCUGGUGCUGAUGUCUGAGGGGCUGUACAAGGCCCUGGAGGCAGCCCACGGGCCUGGGCAGGCCAACCAGGAAAUCGCUGCAAUGAUUGACACUGAGUUUGCCAAGCAGACCUCCCUGGAUGCAGUAGCCCAGGCCGUGGUGGACCGGGUGAAGCGUAUCCACGGGGACACCUUCGCCAGCGGUGGGGAGCGUGCCAAGUUCUGUCCACGGCAUGAGGACAUGACCCUGCUGGUGAGGAACUUUGGCUACCCACUGGGAGAAAUGAGCCAGCCCACCCAGACCCCAGCCCCAGGGGGACGUGUGUACCCUGUGUCCGUGCCUUAUUCGAGUGCCCAGAGCACCAGCAAGACCAGCGUGACCCUCUCCCUCGUCAUGCCCUCCCAGGGCCAGAUGGUCAACGGAGCCCACAGCGCUUCCACCCUGGAUGAAGCUACCCCCACCCUCACCAACCAGAGCCCAACCCUGACGCUGCAGUCUACCAACACGCACACCCACAGCAGCAGCUCCAGCUCGGACGGGGGCCUCUUCCGCUCCCGGCCUGCACACUCGCUCCCACCCGGUGAGGACGGCCGCGUUGAGCCCUAUGUGGACUUUGCUGAGUUUUACCGACUCUGGAGUGUGGACCAUGGCGAGCAGAGCAUGAUGACAGCUCCAUAGCCCGUCCAGGGAGUGCAGCUCCAGCAGGGUCUUCAUGGGGACGAGGGGUCCAGCACUGGGACAAGACAGGGUUUCAGCCUUUCCUGACAUCGACCUAUGCCACAGGGCCAGUGGGUGCUCUGUCCUCAGCCUGCACCAGACUCUACCCACAGCUCUCAGGGCUGUAGGGAGGGUGAGUGCAGACUGGCCCAUUGUCUGCACCUUGUCACUGCACAGGAGGAUCAUUGCCGUUUCUCAGAACAAAAGGCCUAAGUGUGGAAGCUGUGCUGGCUUGCAGGCCACCCUGAGGGUUCCUUGACCCGUGUGCAGCAGAACGGGAAGAAGUCUCCUGUGAACCCCGAGUGUCACAGGCCCCACAGAAGCUGCUCUCUCAAGGCCACACUCCACCUGCCACCACCUUCCUGGACCAGCCUGCGGCCACUGCUCAUGUUCCUUACACCUCUGGAUGGUGGUUCCCCUGAUUCUGUAGCUUGUCAGCCCCGUGCUCCUAAAUCCAGCAUGGAGCCCUGGUUGGUGCCUGCACUUGUCCCUGGGCCCAUCCCCGUACAUGCCCUGGUAGUUGUUAGUGGGAAACAUUCAGGAAGACCAGGGAGGCUUCGGGAGCCUGCGAUAGCCCCAGUGGGGGCAGGUCAGGUAGAAAGGAACUAAUAGAAGCACUGGUCCCAGAGCCACCAGGAGAGAGGGCUGUGCAGCCGGGCUUCCCCAGAGGUGGGGGUGCGGGAGCAGUGGGGACGUGCCCAGUAGAGGUGGCAGGGCCUGCUCCUGUCUGUCCCUGUCAGGAGUGGGAGCCCCAGAGUCAGGGAGGUCUGCUUCCUGCCUCGCCUUUUCCUUAUUGGUGCUGGGGACAUCCACAGAUUGGGGAGCAACUGAGAUUAACCGUCUUUACCACCAAUGAUGAGCCUCUCCUGGCUCCGGGGUAGCGAACAGGUUGUGAGUCAGACCAUGGGGGCUCGUUUGAAAGAGAAGUGUGGGACAUAGUUCCGAGGGAAGAGGCUCUUUGGGACGAGUUGCUCUGGCAGACCGAGGGCUCUGGGGAUGUGCACAGUUUUUACAG